AUGUCGUACCCCUCAACGCCGAGCGGGGCAGCGCCCUACGCACACCCAUAUCACGCACAUUACCCAGUAUAUCCGAAUGCGGGCACUCCUACUGGAAUGCAGCCACCAUAUCCGUACAUGUACGGCCAUGGACAGAUCCCGCCAGGUUAUAUGCCUCAAGGAGGGCACCCGGUCUUUGGGAUGCCUGGAGCUCAGGGAUAUUAUAGAGAUGCAGAUGAUGGAUCCCAAGAUGAAGAGGAUGAAGAGGCAGCCAUGAUGGAGGACGAGGAGGAAGUCGACGAGGAGAUGCCGCUGGAUCAGCAAAGUGCUGAGAAGGCGAUGAAGCACAUGAUAUACACACAAUUAUUUCUCGAGGGAUUCGAUGGCGGGCGUGAGUCUGCAGUAAACAGGCUGCUCCAUGAAACUGUCGCGUUCAUGCAAAAGCUAUAUCAGGCAACUCAGGAAUAUGGCUCUGCAGCUGGUCGUUCGGCACCCAGCGCACAAGAUUUUGUUGCUGCAUGCGCCGACCUGGGUAUCACACCAGAAAUGUUGAAGCCCAAACGAAAACCUGGCUCUUCCAACCUAAAAAAGGACAAGAAAGCUGAACAUUCCGCUGGGAAACCGAAAAGGCGCAGGCGAAAGCGACGAACAAACUUUGAUCCAAGGCAUGCAAACUUGAUCCCUCGCGACCUAUCUUCGCCCGAGCCAGAGUUGCUACCCAGCGAGGAUAUGCCCCACGUUCCCGCGACGCUUCGCAGCUUUCACAAUGUCCCUUAUCUUCCGUCCUAUCCGCCCAAACAUACAUACAUCCGCAGUCCGCCCUCGCCUCCACAGCGAUCCUCGCUUACUGCGAAUUUGGACAAGAGGAUGCAAAAUACAGCCAAAGUGCGUGCCGCCCUCAAGAACCUAAUGGAUGCUGCAGAUCUCCAAGACGAGGACGGCGGCAAGCAAGGAGACGGCAAACCAAAAUUCAAGCUUACGCAGUCGAGUCUGGUGAACUGGCAGGACAGCUUCAGCACCACCAGGAAGCGAUGGAAGGUCAGCAAGUGA